UAAAAAAAAAUUCCACAAGUGCAAAAUUAUCAGUAAUUUAUUAUUUCAGAAAAAACAAAUGGAUUCAAGGAAAGUUGUGAAAGAAGAAAGAGCGGAAGCUGCUGCAAAAAUAGCAGCAGAUGAACUUAGUGACGUGAAUAAAGAGCGAAGGGAUCAAAGUCAAAGAGAUGUUGAUGUGAAUAAUAAUAAAGAGCAAAAGGAUCAAAGUCAAAGAGAUGUUGAACAACAGAAACCCGGCGUUAUCGGCACGAUCAUCAAAUCCGUUCAAGGUACGCUUGGUCAUGCUAAAGACGCCGUUACUGGAAAAGCUCAUGAAACUGCCCAAAUCGCCAGCGACACCGCCGAUGCAGCAGCGGAAAAUGCAAGACGGUCUAAAGACGCUGCAGCUGAUAAAUUAGGCGAAUAUGCUGAUUAUGCUGAGGAAAAGGGUAAGGCUACUAAAUCAUCUGUUUCGGAGAAAGCUAAUCAAGUGAAAGAAAAAGCAGGGGAGUAUGCAGAUUCUGCUGCGGAUAAGGCGAAACAGACGAAGGAUUAUGCAGCGGAGAAAGCGAAGGAGGCUAAGGACACGACGGUAGGGAAAGUGGGAGAGUACAAGGAUUACGCGGGAGAUAAGGCUAAAGAAGCGAAAGAUGGUGCAAGUCGUAAAGCAACGGAGUAUGAAGAGUAUGCAGAGAGUAAAGCUAAGGAAGCUAAAGAUACAACUGUGCAGAAAACAGGGGAGUAUAAGGAUUAUACGGCUGAAAAGGCGAAAGAAGGAAAAGAUACUGCGAUAGGGAAAUUGGCUGAGCUGAAGGAUAGUGCGGCUGACGCCGCGAAGCGGGCGAUGGAUAUGAUUACGGGUAAAAAAGACGAAGCUCAGCAGAAGGCAGGGGAAACGGCUGAAGCGGCUAAACAGAAGGCGAGUGAAACUCAGCAGAAGGCAGGGGAAACGGCUGAAGCGGCUAAAGAGAAGGCGAGUGAAACGGCGGGAGCGGCUAAACAAAAGGCAAGUGAAACGGCGGGAGCGGCGAAGCAGAAGGCGGAUGAGACGGCGGGAGCUGCUAAGGCAAAGUAUGAUGAGAGUGAAGAAGCAACGAGAAGAAAAAUGGAUGAAAUGAAAAUGCACGAAGGCCAUGAUGAUCAUGACCGGAAAGUUGCUACCGGUGGUAUUUUCGGUGCGCUCGGAAGUAUAUUAGCACCGAAACAUACCACCGAUGAGACUAGUACAGGAGGAGGAACGAAGAUCGUGGUGGAUGUGGACGAGACUCGAGGAGGUAAGACAGCAACGUCGUUGAAACAGGCCGAUCAGAUGAGCGGCCAGACGUUCAACGACGUUGGAAGAAUGGAUGUUGAAGGGAGUAUUGCUGAAGUUGAAGCCAAGGAUUCAACAGGGAAAAAUGUGAAAGUGAAGUAUUAAAAAAUAAAAUGCAUUUAUCUUUUCUUUCUUUUUGGUUUAUGUGUUUUGUAUAACUUUUGAAUUUGGUUGUAUUUUGGUUUGUGUUUAACAAGUAAAAAAUAGUAGUAAAAUAGUAUUUCGGUUUUGUUUGUUUACUUCUCAAGUAUUCUAAAUUAAUGUGGGGUUUUUGAA